AUGGUCUCUGCUCUCAGUCUGGGUCAGAGGCAGCUGCUGUGUUUGGCCAGAGCCCUGCUGAGGAAGACCAGGAUUCUGGUACUGGAUGAAGCCACAGCAGCUGUGGACUUGAACCCAGACCAGCUGAUCCAGUCCACCAUCCGGACUCAGUUUAAAGACUGCACAGUCCUGACCAUCGCACACCGCCUCAACACCAUCAUGUCCAGCAGAGACAUCUUCCUCAUCUUCAUCCUCCUCUCAUCUUCAUCCUCCCACGGCAACCCACACCAGGGCAAUCCACACCACGGCCACCCACACCAGAACAAUCCACACCACAGUCACCCACACCAGGACCAACCCACACCAGGACCAACCCACACCAGGGUCACCCGCACCAGGGAAACCCACACCAGGACAAUCCACACCAGGACCAACCCACACCAGGACCAACCCACACCAGGGUCACCCGCACCAGGGAAACCCACACCAGGACCAAACCACACCAGGGCAAUCCACACCACGGCCACCCACACCAGAACAAUCCACACCACAGUCACCCACACCAGGACCAACCCACACCAGGACCAACCCACACCAGGGUCACCCGCACCAGGGAAACCCACACCAGGGUCACCCGCACCAGGGAAACCCACACCAGGACCAACCCACACCAGGGUCACCCGCACCAGGGAAACCCACACCAGGACAAUCCACACCAGGACCAACCCACACCAGGGUCACCCGCACCAGGGCAACCCACACCAGGGCCAACGCACACCAGGACCAACCCACACCAGGGUCACCCGCACCAGGGCAACCCACACCAGGGUCACCCAUACCAGGGCAUCCCGCACCAGGACACACACACACACACACACACACACAAUCCUAUGUCCUAGCUUGCGUUGUUUCUUCAGCAGUCUCAUCAUGGAAGUCCGGUGGAUUGGCAGCACUUUGGGUCUGUUGUUUUCUGCUAUCGCAUCCGGCUCCAGAGACGACGGCUGGUCCACAAAGGUGCAGCCGGAGGUGCGCGCGGUGGAGGGCUACCCGGUGGUGCUCCCCUGCACCUUCAGCCACCCGCAGCACUCCCAGCAUUCCUCCCUGCAGGUGCUGUGGCGUCUGGGCCACGGUCAGGGAGCCACCGUCCUGUACCGCUGCACCAGGGAGCUGGGGCCCCAGCAGGACCAGCGAUACCGACUGGAGGGGAACCCGAGGGAGCACGACCUAUCGCUGCGGAUCAGCGGCGCCACCCUGCAGGAUAGCGGGCGCUACUACUGCCGGGUGGAGGUCCAUGGACGGGACCACGUCAGCUUCGAGGACAAGAUGGGGACCCGACUGAGAGUUGAGGCUCCUCCUCGGAUCCAGUCUCUGUGGGUGGAGGGCACUGAGCAGUCCGGGUUCAGGGCCCUGUGCCGGGUCCAGGGUUCCCCGCUGCCGGACGUCCAGUGGCUCGGCCCCGACAACCUCCUGGAUGGCUCCUCCCCUCGCGGCUCGGCGUCUCACUUCCUCGCCGUCAGCCAGCUGAGGGACGUGGAGCCGGGCCGGCGGUACACCUGCAGCGCCUCCAACCCGCUGGGCAAAGAACAGGCCGCCCUAUACUUCCUGCCCCCCCCGCCCCCCCGCUAUGUGGGCGGGGCAUCGCCUCCUCUCCUGCUCCUCCUGUCCCUGUCUCUGGGGGCCAAGGUCCUCCUCCUGGUGGGGACGGGGGUCUGGAUGCUGCAGGGAGGAGGUCUGCAGGGAGCCGGAUGCUGGGGGAAGUAACCCCAUCAACAAGUCUUUAAGGAUCAAUAUCCAUGUACUUAAUUAUUAUUAUUCAUCACUUUAUUGUCCUGAUAGACUCUGAUGUUAUGAUUAUGAGUUUAAUUCAUAUCCAACUCUCUGGUUCAUCUGUCAGUUCAUGUUGAGGUAACGUUGAUAUUGUUUAUUUUGACUUAUCAAUGAAUCUAAAAUCACUUCUUAAAUGAAAGACUUAACGAUUCUCUGCUGAUCAAUAAUUUCUUUGCCUUCAUUGUUGAGACACUGAACCUAUGGACACAGCCUCUAUUAAAUGUAUGUGAUUAUUAAUAAUGUCAUAUUUAUCAUUGUUGUGUAUAUAUAUAUAUAUAUAUAUAUAUAUAUAUAUAUAUAUUAUAAAUACAAAACAACAGGUUCAAACAUUAGAAUAGAUUUAUUAGAACAAUCAGAGUUUAAAUGGAGUUUAUUCAAACAGAAACACGUGGAAUGAACAUUUAUGUAAUGGAACUGUGUGAAGGGGGAGGAGUCAAACACGGGACCUUAGGAGACCUGGAGACAUUGAUCAGCUGAUCAAUAAGUGUCCCUUGACCAAUCAGAUCACAGAUUGUCUAAACAAUCAAUACAUUGGCAGUUAUCUUAGACAUUAACUCUUAUAUAUAUUCAAACCACCAUUCAUAAAAUGUUAAUAUGUUUAUUAAUGAAUUAAAGCUACAAGUCAAACCUU